AUGUCAUCCCUUUCUCCUAGCAUUCUUACUUGUGAUGAUCUAUUUGCAGUCUACAACUCAAGGAUCUCUUCUCCUCGGCUGCAAGAGUUCGAGCAUGAAGACUUCCACAACUCAAAUAAUGGAAUAAAUAUAAAUAAUGAGAACUCGAAGAAAUCAAUCCACAAUGAAUAUGAGAGAGAUCGGAGGAAGAAACUCAACAAGUUGUACUCCUCUCUUAGAGAACUUCUCCCAGAGAAGGACCAAAGAAAGAAAUUAAGCAUUCCAUGCACAAUCGCUCGUGUGCUAAAAUACAUACCUGAACUACAAAAGCACAUCGAGAAAUUGCAAAGUGCGAAAGAAGAGCUUUUAUUGAGGGUAUCAAGUAAUGAAUUUACUUCAACUUGUAGUGAAAAUGUGAUCCAACCUAUGAUUUCAGCAAUAUUUUUGGGUAGAAGAGAGAUCCUGAUUCAAAUAUACAUCUUGAGAAAAAGUUUAAUGGUUCCUUUGUCGAUGAUCAUGAAAGUUUUGGAGAGAGAAGGAUUACAAAUUAUGAAUGCUAUGACUCACACCUCCUAUGAUGGCAAGACCAUUUAUCUUCUAUAUCUACAGUCAACGGAAGACAUAAUAAUUGAGGAUCAAAUCUUCUGUGAGCAACUGAUAAAAUCCCUCAGUGAGCAAACAGUCUGAACGAAAACGAAGAAGAAUCCAUCACGUACUUAUGUUAUUGAUACAAAAAAUUAAUGAGAUAGUACUAAC